UAUGACAACACGACGUCGUUAUUCUCAUAUCAUUAUUUCCAAAAUCAACCAACUCCAUCACCGAUCAAACGAAAAGUUGAAAACCCCUGGUUUCCUUUCACUUUCACUUUCCGAUCGUAAAAAUGGCGAACGAGAACGAACCAGCAAAACUUCUGCUACCAUACCUUCAACGUGCCGAUGAAUUGCAAAAACACGAACCUCUUGUCGCCUACUACUGUCGAUUGUAUGCCAUGGAACGAGGUUUGAAGAUUCCGCAGAGUGAGCGAACGAAAACCACCAGUUCGCUGCUUGUGUCGCUUAUAAAACAGCUUGAAAAGGAUAAGAAGUCACUGCAGUUGGGGCCUGAUGACCAUCUCCACCUCGAAGGAUUUGCAUCAAACGUCUUUGCAAAGGCCGAUAAGCAAGACCGAGCUGGGAAAGCUGAUCUUAAUACAGCAAAGACGUUUUAUGCUGCCAGCAUUUUCUUUGAAAUCCUUAACCAGUUCGGUGAUCUCCAGCCUGAUCUUGAGCAGAAACAGAAAUAUGCAGCAUGGAAAGCAGCAGAUAUAAGAAAAGCUAUUAAAGAAGGAAGGAAGCCUGUACCAGGCCCCCCUGGUGGUGAUAAAGAUAUCUCAGAUACAUCAAGCACCGGAUACAAUCUUGAACCGAGCAGGAGCGAGCCACCACCAACCACCGGGCCGCCGCCAGAAUCCCAUCCGGCACCGCAGUUUUACGAACGAAGUGAUUCCAAGCAGUUCACAGCUACUCAUCCAUCAUCACAGCAGGAUAUUCCACCACCACCGUUUUCAAACAUCCAAAAACCGUCGAAUUUCCAACCACCACCUUCAAAUUACGAACCCCCACCUUCAAAUUUUCAACCACCAUCUUCAACCAUCUCGCCUCCACCGCAACCGCCAGCAUAUUCUUCUGAUGAUUACCCGUCAAAUAAUUAUCAGCAACAUCCUUCUCAGACUUAUCACCAUCAAUCAUCUUAUCCACAAGAACCUCAACAUCACGUUUCCCAAAAUUACCCUCCGCAAGAUCCGUCUUUUUCAUAUCCAAAUUUCCAAUCUUACCCUAGUUUUUCCGAAACUACCCUUCCGGUGGUGCCACCUCAUUACCCAUCGUCUUACUAUCAGGGCUCUGAACAAUCCUACAAUUCAGCCGCUAGACCGGCGGAUUAUCCGUUUACAUCUCAGUACAACCCGAAUGCAGCAAACGGGCCAGGUCCGGUUCCGGAACCUGCGCCUGUGGCUGCACCUGCACCAGCGCCGCCCUCUGUACAGUCGUAUCAGUAUGACAGUAAUUACCAACCUGCCCCAGAGAAAAUCGCGGAGGCACACAAGGCUGCAAGGUUUGCUGUUGGAGCUUUGGCGUUUGAUGAUGUUUUUGUUGCUGUAGAUUAUCUUAAAAAGUCUCUUGAACUGCUUACUAAUCCGUCUGCGAGUGUUUAAAUUGCAAAGAUAUUUGUUUUUUUUUUUUUUUUUUUUUUGCAAGGGUUUUUUUUUCUUUUUUUUUUCCAGUGACUGUAAUUGACGUGUUUGGGUGAAAUUCAGAAUAUCUUUUUUUUUUUUUAA